GCGCGCCAUCGUUUCUACUUUCUGCACGUAUUUUCGUUACGGUAUUUGAAAUAUAAAUUUGUGCUUGUGCACGUCUUGUACAUACAAUUAGUGAAAUGUGAAUAAAUUUACGAAGCAAACGCACAUAAUACUACAACCUACGACAACACUAGUUGUAUUCUAGUGCAUACUCGUGCCAUACAUGGGACGUUUGUGUCACUGCUCUGCAUAUGUAUGCAAUCAGUGCAUUUGUUUUGAUAGAAAAAAUAUUAACCCUGUAUCGUCUGCUUUGUGCACUUAUCGAGUAAGGGAUAACGAAAUAGUUUUUUUCUACCCUUAUAUAUAUCGGUAAUCUUCGACUGUUUGUUCAAACAUUGAGCCCAUCGCUAUCCUCGUACUGUAUAAAUAUCGUAGAAGAUCGCGGCCAUGUACGAUUCAAUUUGACCAUCGGUACUUUCUCUCGCUGAUGCGUUCAUUACUCAAUAGUCGGUCGCGUAAAGCCGGAGCGGUCGCCGAUGGUAGCGGUAGUGCAUGAGCGGCGUCUCGGACCCCAGGAUUCUCGUGUAGUGUGAUGUGCAUAAACGUGUUGUGAUGGUGGAACGCGAGGGGAUGAGGCGCGGGGGCUGCGGCUGGGGCAGCGGUGUGCUGGGGCGCUGGUCCCUGCGCCGGCUGCUGCUGGACAGCCCUCUCGUCGGCAGGAGGCUCGCUAACUCAGUAUUGGACCAGACGGACGGGAGACCAGUGAGAUUAGGCGCGGAGCAGGCGCAGGUGCGGCCGCCACCGCCGCAGAACGUAGCUGAUGAUGACGAGGGCGAGGUGCUCGACUGUCCGCUAUGCCUGUCGGCGUUCAGCUCGGCGAGCCUGGUGCGGCUGGCGUGGUGCUCCCACCGGUGCUGCGAGCAGUGCCUCCGCCAGUACCUCGCCAUUGAGAUCUACGAGGCGCGUAUGCCAGUCAACUGUCCUGUGUGCCACGAGAGCAUGCAUCCCUCCGACGUCAGGCGGAUAGUGGACAACCCAGCGCUGUACGACAAGUAUGAGGAGUUCUCCGUGCGGCGCGCGCUCGCCGCCGACCCCGACACGCGCUGGUGCCCCGCCCCCGACUGCAGUUUCGCGGUUGUGGCUACGGGGUGCGCGUCGUGCCCGAAGCUGGUGUGCCUCGCACCGGGGUGCGGGUGGUCGUUCUGCUACCACUGCAAGGCGCCCUGGCACCCCACGCAGACCUGCGACGCCGCGCGACGGUCGCGGCAGCCGCCGCCGCGCGCCACACCGCCACAGACCGAUAUGGACUCCGGUGAGGUGAAGCCGUGUCCGCGGUGCUCGGUGCUGAUAGUGAAGGUGGAGGACGGGUCGUGCAACCACAUGGUGUGCUGCGUCUGCGGCGCCGAGUUCUGCUGGCUCUGCAUGAAGGAGGUCUCCGACCUGCACUACCUCAGUCCGAGCGGGUGCACGUUCUGGGGCAAGAAGCCGUGGUCGCGCAAGAAGAAGCUGCUGUGGCAGCUGGGCACGCUGGCGGGCGCGCCGCUCGGCAUCGCCGUGGUGGCGGGCGUCGCGCUGCCCGCGCUGCUGGUGGGGCUGCCGCUGUGGGCGGGCCGGCGCGCGCACCGCCGCCUGCGCCGCGCUCCGCCCGCGCGCCGCCGCGCCGCCGUCGCAGCCGCCGUCGCCGCCGCGCUCGUCGUGUCCCCCCUCGUCGCCGGCCUCGCCGUCGGUAUCGGCGUGCCCAUCCUGCUGUUCUACGUGUACGGCGUGGUGCCGGUGUCGCUGUGCCGCGCGGGGGGCUGCGCCGCCGCCCCGCGCGAGCCCCCCGACCCCCGCGAGCCCCCCGACGGCCCCGACCCGCCCGACGCGCCCGACCUCGACGCCGCCUCGCGUCGCCUCGAGCCCAGCAUAGGCGACGCGUCGCUGUCGGCGGGUUCGGGUUCUGCGGCGGCGGAGGUGCGCGCGGCGUCGCUGGCGGGUCUGGCGGGGUCGCUGGGCGGCGAGACGGCGUCGCCGGCGCGCGGCGAGGAUGGCGGCGACGCGGCGUCGGCCGCCAGCUGGGGCGAGGAGGCGUCGUGCUCGCGCUCGGCCGCGCGCCUGCGCAGCCUGUUCCUGUACGGCAGCGCGGAGCCGCCGCCGGACCCCGAGGCGGGCCCCUCCGCGCCGCCCCCGCGCCCCGCGCCGCCGCCCGUCCUCACCAGCGCCUGCGAGACCGCCCGCCCGCCGCAGCCGUCGCGCCCGCCCAGCCCCGCCUCCUAACGGUAGCGGGACGAGCUUCGUGGUAUCUGAGUCCCCGGGCGGGAUCGCCUAGAUCCGAAGUGCGUCUCGAAUUUGGUCACGUAUCGGCCGGCGACCUCGCGACCUCGAAAUUGAUUUUUACCAGCCCCCUGUGUCGCCGCGGUUCGUAGGCCGAGGUCACCUCGAGCUACGAACCGCGGGUAGGCCCGCUGCGGAGUCAUUUUCUGUUGUAUCGUACUUGCCACUCUGAUUUCCGCGCCAUUGUGUGAUCCACGAUCAUCGGCCGACGCCGGUUCGGGUCGAGAAGCGAUGGUCGUUACGUCCAGACUCAAAACUGACGAGUCGAAAACUGAGCUCUCGCAUUAAUAUAGAGAUAGAGAUCCGUAGUAGAAAAUUUAUUAGUACGUAUGUAAACGUUAAGAAAAAAUGUUAGAACUGCUUUUUGUAUAUACUAAAUGGACUGCAAGUAUCUAUGUGAAAUGUAGUAUGAUCAUGACAUACUGUUGCCCCUUUCGCCGAUGUAAAGGGGCGAACUUAACUAGCCGUAAGGAAUAAGGAUCGCCAAAACUUCGAAAUUAGCUAGCGGUAAGAUUAGGCGAACGCUGUCUACGAUAGAUGCUUAGCGCUUCUCGGUGCAGUGCCACUCUAUCAGAUAUUUGUGAUAACUAUUAAUAAUCUAAAUUAUUUAAUUUUUCACGUUUGUAGGUUAUGAUUAAGCGAUAUUUUAUGUUAUAAUAAAAAUUGUAAUACUAUGAUUAAAAAUGUGAUUAAACUG